GUCCGCCGGGCCUCUCGUAUAACUCCUCCUCUGGUCGCCUUUCGGCACUGCUCCUGUUCGUUGUUGCUUCGUUUCGGACUCUUCCUCCUCUCGCCCCUCUCCUCCGCUUCGGCUUCUCUAGGGUUUCUCGCAGCGCAUCCACCCCGCAGCCAUCAACCAAUCCGCCCCGCUUCCCUAGGGUUCCUCCACCGGCACGCGUCCGAGUCCACCGCUGGCUUCUGCGGGCUGUCUCCGCCGCCCCCCGCGCAGAGCACGCCUCCGUCCAGAUCCAGGCUCACUCGUCGUCGUCCGCGUCUUCACUGGCGUGGAGUGGAGAUCCGUCCGGGCUUGGAUUGGUUUCCCCUUGUCGGUCUUAGCGAUCAGCAGUCGCACCUUCAUCAGAGGCCUUUUGCAAAAUUAUGCGAUCUUCAUGGGCUGAUUCAGUUGCGAACGCCGAGGAAUCGGCGCCCGCGACUGUUCCUGCUGCUGCUCCUGUUGCUACUCACCAGAACUCGCGCCCCGCCCUCAGGGCAUACGUUCCUCCUCACCUCCGUGGCCGUUCAGCUGGUCCUCCCUCUGAGAACCAGGUGCCAUCUUCGGUGCCUGCUCCAGCUCCAGGACCAGCUGACGUACGGCCAGCUGCUGUGCAGCCUUCUGGGUACGCAGCUGCUGUUGGUGGCGGCAAUCGUUGGGGUGGCCCUACUGGCAGUGGUGGUAGCAGCACUGUAGGUGGUCCGCGCCAGGGUGGUGGCGGUGGCCGUAGCGGUUGGAACUCCCGCCCUGGAUGGGACCGCAGAGAUCGUGAACCAAACCCUUUUGCUGAUAGCGAGGCUGCAGAUGUUGAUUUUGAGAGUCUGGAGAACACGGGCAUCAACUUUGAUGCAUAUGAGGAUAUUCCUGUGGAGACAAGUGGCCAUGACGUCCCUCCAGCAGUUAACACAUUUGCAGAGAUUGAUUUGGGUGACGCGCUGAAUGAGAACAUACGGAGGUGCAAGUAUGUGAAGCCAACACCGGUGCAGCGACAUGCCAUUCCGAUCUCCAUUGCAGGUCGGGAUCUCAUGGCCUGUGCUCAGACAGGGUCUGGAAAGACCGCAGCCUUCUGUUUCCCGAUCAUCAGUGGUAUCUUGAAAUCAAGGCCACCCCAGAGGCCAAGAGGUUCAAGGUCUGCAUACCCUUUUGCGCUGAUAUUAUCCCCUACCCGCGAGCUAUCUGUGCAAAUUCAUGAAGAAGUGAAGAAGUUUUCAUACCAGACUGGUGUUAGGGUGGUUGUUGCAUAUGGUGGAGCACCAAUACAUCAACAGUUGAGGGAAUUGGAAAGAGGUGUUGAAAUCCUUGUGGCAACUCCUGGUCGUUUGAUGGAUCUGCUAGAGAGGGCUAGAGUAUCACUACAAAUGAUUAAGUACUUAGCUCUUGAUGAAGCUGAUCGAAUGCUCGAUAUGGGGUUUGAGCCACAGAUACGCAAAAUUGUUGAGCAGAUGGACAUGCCUCCUCGUGGUGUGAGGCAGACGAUGCUGUUUAGUGCUACUUUUCCAAAAGAGAUACAGCGGCUAGCUUCAGAUUUCCUUGCAGACUACAUCUUCCUUGCUGUUGGAAGAGUUGGUUCAAGUACUGAUUUGAUUGCUCAGAGGGUGGAAUUUGUCCUUGAAGCAGACAAAAGAAGUUACCUCAUGGACCUUAUUCAUGCACAAAAAGCUAAUGGUUCUCAUGGGAAGCAAGCUCUCACCUUGGUUUUUGUGGAGACAAAGAGGGGAGCUGAUGCUCUGGAGGAUUGGCUGUAUAAAAACGGGUUCCCUGCGACAAGUAUUCAUGGCGACCGAACACAACAGGAAAGAGAGUAUGCACUGAGGUCGUUUAAGAGCGGAGCAACUCCCGUACUUGUUGCAACUGAUGUGGCUGCUCGUGGACUUGACAUACCACAUGUUGCCCAUGUUAUUAAUUUUGACCUCCCAAAUGAUAUAGAUGACUAUGUUCAUCGUAUUGGGAGGACAGGACGAGCAGGGAAAUCUGGUUUGGCAACGGCCUUUUUCAAUGAGGGCAACUUAUCAUUGGCAAGGCCAUUAUGUGAACUAAUGCAGGAGUCUAACCAGGAGGUCCCUCAAUGGCUUGAGCGCUAUGCCGCCCGUUCUUCAUAUGGAGGUGGUGGAGGUAGAAACCGACGAUCAGGUGGUGGUCGAUUUGGUGGUCGUGACUUCCGCCGGGACCGAGACUUCAGGGGCGGCGGCGGCGGCGGUGGCGGCGGUGGAGGUUACGGUGGUGGUGGUGGUGGUUAUGGAGGUGGUGGAUACGGGGGCAGCUAUGGUGGUGGUGGCGCAACUAGUUCCUGGGACUAAAUACUGAUUCCCAGGUCAUGAGAAUUGAAACUAAAGGAUCGUAUUCUAUUGACUUAACUGAAAACAGAUAUUGAGUUUGUAGUUUACCCUAGGAUGGUUGGUAUGGUGCUGGAGAAGCCCCCCUUUGACCUAUUUAUGUUGGUUAUCGCAGUGUCUGUAUCCCUGUGCUGGGCUUUUUCUUACUGUGUAAUGUCCAGGUGGGGUAAUUGUCCUCUUGUUCUUUUGCCACUCACUGUGCCUCAGUAGUUUUGGAUGCUGAGUAUUAUUGGGCGGUUGGAGGUUAGCAUUA